AUGUUUGGAGUUCGCAAGGAUAUGCAUAGGACUCAGUCCACCACAAACAUUGGCAUGGCAGGAAAUGAAGUUUCCAAUGUGUUGUUUCGUCCUGCUAGUCUUCAGGUUCUUUCAUUCGUAGCAUCAACUUGCAAACCACUCGGAACUAGCGGACAGUUUGCAUCGGCUACUAAGAUCGUGGGUAGAUUCCAGCAUCUUAGAACAAUCUCCAAACUCUUGCCCUGUCUAUGCGAGUACAUUGAUAUCUCUAAAAACUCUCAUGGUCGGAUCUAUGUUGUUUCAGAAGGUGUGACAGGAUGCGUUUCUUUACAAGAUCUGAUAUCAUCAUGUCCAGCUAAAAACAUCAGAUCCAUUGAAAGGCUGUCUCGGUGGACCAGAGAACUGGUUCAUGCGCUUAUGUAUCUGCAUGCCAAUGGACUGAUACACAGAAAUAUUCACCCAAAACAUAUUUAUGUGGACAAGUCGGAUCACAUCAUUAUAUCAAACUAUGGACUUUACUACCUGACUGGAAACGGCCAAGAUGUCACCUUUCCCAUCGGAUAUCCGCACUAUCUUUCUCCAGAAACUAUUGCAGCAGGUCCUUGUUUUGCCAUGUCAUCAUCUCCAAAGGCGGACGUAUGGAGUCUAGGGAUCUUGCUAUUGGAAUUAUACUUUGGACCAGAGUUUUUAAACACAGAUAUAUCCGAUACUGGACAAGUAUUAAAAACAAUACUGGCGUGGAAAUCACCUAGUUCUAGAUUUCUCCAAUCAGAUAGUCUUGUCGACAUCAAUUUAAAACAUUUCAUCUACGAAUGUUUGGAAUUUACACCCUCAAAGCGAGCAAGUGUUAAUGCACUAGCCAAUCAUCCAUUUCUUCAACAUAUUUCAGCAAAUAAGUUGGACAUAGGUCCAGAACAAUUAAAACGAUCUCGAUAUCAUGCAGAUGUUGCAUGGGUUGCCAAACCAUAUUUAUACGAGUCCAAACUGGCACAGCGAGCGAGUGCCAUUGCAGUUGAUGACCCAUCUGCAAAAGAUACGACUGCCACUACUAGAUUGCCGUUAUUUCAAAAAGCUAAUCUUUCUACUACACCAAGUCUGGCAAACUCACCGACCCGAUCGUACAGAUACCCACUCACCUUGUUUGAACUUUUUCACUACUGGAAAAUGCUUGGUGGCGAUUUGGAAGCUCUUGUUUUAAAACAACAAGGAGUAUCAAACAUUCCUGCACUAUUUAAGCUUCCAACCGUUGUCCGUAUCGGCGAAAACGUUGAAGAAAAACUUCAAAGCUCUUUGGUUCAUUUGAGAGCCAAUCUGUUUCGAGAUGCUUUUGUGGACGUGCCUGUUGAAGCCGUGCUGUCCAAGAUUGAUUUUUUUGAAAGUAGUUUGUUUAGUCAAGAUGGGAUUGUUUCUGGUCGGUCAUAUAACGGCGUAGGAGAUAUAUAUCGCGAUGAGUGGAGACAUAUAACAAACUUUACAGCGUUGGAGUUGGAUGCUAUUUGGGAAGCAUAUUUGACUGCUCAAGGAUCAGGAUCAAAUGGUUUGUUACAGUUGGCACUUUCAGCCAGAGAGUCUGAUAUGCGGUAUCAGUAUCACCGCACCAAACUCAUGUAUGGGCUACUGUGCGCGUAUCCAACUUCAAUCGACUCAAUUCAAUAUGAAGCAGUUUCUGAUAUUCCACCAUUAUUAAGAGGAAAGAUUUGGGCUGCAUUGCUUAAUGUCACUGGUGAUACAGAUGCAGCAUAUGGUGCAAUUGAUAAAGAAACAGAAGCCGAAACUGACCGACAGUUGGAUCUUGAUAUUCCUCGUUGUCAUCAGUAUAACGAGUUGCUAUCGUCUCCAAUUGGACACCAGAAAUUGAAAAGAGUGCUUAAAGCGUGGAUUGAAAACGAAAAAGGUCAACAUGUAUACUGGCAAGGUCUGGACUCAAUGUGUGCUCCUUUUCUGGUUUUGAAUUUUGACGAUGAAGCAUUAGUAUUUGCCAGUAUGACUGCAUUCAUAUCCAAAUACUGCCAUGGCUUUUUUGUUCAUGAUAACUCCAAGCUUAUGAGAGAAUUUAUGCUUGCAUUCAGAUACAUUCUUUCUUUUCAUGAUCCUGAACUGUCUGCGCAUUUAUACACGAUUGGUCUCGGUCCAGAGUUAUUUGCAAUCUCAUGGUUUAUGACGCUAUAUGCUCAUGUAUUCCCACUUGACAAAAUCUAUCAUUUGUGGGACUAUUUUUUGGUCGCACCACCGUUUAUAUUUAUAUAUGUCGGUGUGUUUAUUUUACAGCAACACCGCGAUCAACUUUUGCAAAGCGAUUUUAGCCAAGCCAUGCUUUUUUUUUCUGAAAUGCCUUCAAUUGACGUUGAAAAGUGUAUAGUUUAUUCUAUCCAGGCUGUAAAGAUUACUCCACCGUCAUUACUCAGCCAUCUUCAUUUAGCACAUACUGCAUCGCCGCAGGAUCCAAAUAUGCUUUUUGCAACAAAACGUUUUUCGUUUAUGAGCAGCAAAAAAGGGAUUGUUGGUAGACUUGGUAUUGAUGAUUUGAUUCAAAUGCGUAAGCACUCUGUUCUUCUUGAUAUCCGCAGGCUUGACAUGUUUCAACGUGGACACAUAGCUGGGUCCCUUCAUCUUGACACGAGUCAAGUCACGUCGGUUUCAUUUGGACUCAAGAUUAAUAUAUCAAGAAGUAGAUAUAUUGUUCUUAUUUCGGACGAUGAACAAGACGGGGAAGAUUAUGCACUGAUGCUGAUCAAGGAAAAGCAACCCCGAGUUUCAUUGAUGGUUAUACAGGACCCUGAUGUAUUGACUGAGCAGCGUAUCGUAGUGUGUACUUGUGUGUCUCAGCUGAUUGGAUCAAAUGGAAGUAGUCCAGGAAUGUCCCGGUGUACUCAAUGA